AGACGCACACAAAUUGGUGCGCUUAAACAAGAACUUGCAAAUGCUUGCUCCUAUUAAAACUGACCAAUGAAUGAGAAGGACAAAGGUCGAGAAUAUAUUAAUUAAUGCCAGUCUUCCAGAGAUUUGGUGCACGGGCUUCCUGCAUUGGAAAUCAUUUUGGGAGCCCUCGAAGUUCAAAAAGAGAAAUGUGAAGUCUGGGAGAGAGAGAGAGAGAGAGAGGGGAAACAGUAUUUCCUGCCCUUGCUGCUACAGUCCUGCGGCUGCCGAUCCACCAGCAGUUACAGGCGAACAGUCCCACUUGGAGAGAACAGCUUGUCAGUGGGAGGUAACCUACAUGAUGCCCCCCCCUUCCCCCUCCCUCUCCCCUUCCUUCCUGCACUUAUCAAUUCAGUGUCUGUCCGUGCUGCGCCGUGCGUUUUAUUUCGGUACGUAAAUGCCGAGCGCAUUGAGGCACAGUAAAGCGCACUGAUGGAUACAGCCUGAGUGCGCGCAUUGGAACGAGGUAAUUUGUGAUCACAUUUGAAGCAGCUUAAAACACACUGCAGUCGACAGGAGAGGAGAAGACGGGGCUCGGACUCUGUGGAUAAUAACCCUUUAACAAUUCCUUAUCCCCGUGUAUGUCAUGUCAAUAGGCGAGGCUUGAAUAGGCGAAAUGCACACAUGGAUGGAACGAGGGCGCGGAAGUGAUGACUGCCUUUGGUGAACUAUAACUCCCGUCCAGACUGGGCGAAUCAAGGCUCGGCGCGGAAAUCGUGUAAGAAUUUAGCUUCUGGUGGUACAAGGAAGGCUCAUCGCGCUCGAAACCUGCAUUUCUGAUGGGGUUUUAAAGGCUUCUUGAGGAUACCUGCUGGAAUUUCCUUCUCUGUUUUUUUCGAUGUUGCACCCCAGAUUAACGCAUGUUUCCUCUCGAAAAUGGAAAACGGAGCAACCUGAAGAGAAAAGAGAGGUAUUGUUUAAUCUCGGCAACUUUAUCAAUUCUCCCAUGUGUAGGAUACAUAUUCAGUCACUAAACUGCGGGACUUCUUUCACCGACAUAACCAGGAGGAAAAAAAUAAAUAAGCAUCUUGAAAUCCGCACUGGGCUGUGAGGUGAAAUCUAAUCAGAUUCAGGAGGGUUGAUGACUAAGAAGUAAUAUAGGGACUUGAAGAAAAGUUACAUUUGGAAACGAUAGAGAGCGGGACGCUAAAAUAACCCCACCUCUGCCCCCUCAAUGUAUGGAUGAUGGUCUGUCAUGCAGUCUAAUCACUGGCUUUUCAGGAUGUAUCUACCUGGAAAUUGACCACACGAGGUUCUCCGCGCUCUACAAGCUGUGGAGAGGAUACUUCUUUUUUUUUUUUUAAAGAUUUCAUUUAAGAUUUCAAAAAAUAAAAAUAAAAAAACAAUGUCACUUCACGCUUGACUAACUCAUCAUUUGGAGAAAAUCUGGGACCACAGUGGGUAUCGCUUUGCAUCGGAGAGUAGUUUCAACAAUGGUACUUGUGGGUGCCUCCGCGUUCUGUGCGUCCUGAAAAAAAAGAGGAAAUAUCGGAUGCAUUAUCAUCACUGUGAGAGUAAAAAGCAUGUCAUCCAGACUGAUAUGUGGAUUACAUACCACCUCGCUUUGAAGGUAGGAGCACAAUGUGUCUGACAAGAAAAUAUCACCACGGAUUCUGCAAAAUCGCCUGAGAAUUGCGGAUGUUUUUUUCGAUGCAGUUUUUAGGGAGGGAGCGGAAGAAGGACCGUUCUCCGUCUAAAGCAGAGAGAUCCUGCAGACAGACCUCCGCGUCUUUGUGAACAAGGACAGCGUUUGAGUGGAUUGGAAGUUAACAUGAGGAUGACCAGAACCCCUUGGAACUGUGAUUGAACUGGCAAUGAGCCCAAAUCCUCUUUCCAAAGAGUGGAAGACCAGUCAAUGAAUUAUGAAUGUUAAACAAGAUGACCUCCUCUCAGCAGCAGCAGAUGAUGCGAGGUCCUAGGUGGAACCGGGCCUUGUCCGACCCUUUGUUUGUGCUGCUCCUGGCCCUCCAGCUGCUUGUGGUGGCAGGGCUUGUACGUGCUCAGACGUGCCCCUCUGUCUGCUCCUGUAGUAACCAGUUCAGCAAAGUCAUCUGCACCCGGCGAGGCCUGCGUGAUGUCCCUGAUGGCAUCUCGACCAACACACGCUACCUGAAUCUGCAAGAAAAUCUCAUUCAGGUCAUAAAAGUGGACAGCUUCAAGCACCUAAGACAUCUAGAGAUCCUGCAGCUGAGCAAAAACCACAUACGCAAAAUUGAGCUGGGAGCCUUCAAUGGACUGGCCAGCCUCAAUACCUUGGAGCUUUUUGAUAAUCGCCUCACUACUAUCCCAAACGGGGCAUUUGAGUACCUGUCCAAAUUAAAGGAGCUUUGGCUAAGGAAUAACCCCAUAGAGAGCAUUCCCUCCUAUGCUUUCAACAGAGUUCCCUCAUUACGGCGGUUGGACCUUGGAGAGCUCAAACGGCUCUCCUACAUAUCUGACGGGGCAUUUGAAGGGCUGAGCAAUCUGCGCUAUUUAAACCUGGGAAUGUGCAAUCUGAAAGAAAUUCCCAACCUCAUUCCCCUGGUGAAGCUGGAUGAACUUGAGAUGUCGGGGAACCAGCUAUCUGUCAUCCGACCUGGCUCUUUUAAAGGGCUCAUCCAUUUGCAGAAGCUAUGGAUGAUGCAUGCCCAGAUCCAGACCAUUGAAAGGAACUCUUUUGAUGACCUGCAGUCGCUAGUGGAGCUCAAUCUAGCCCAUAACAACCUUACCCUCUUGCCCCAUGAUCUCUUCACUCCUUUACAUCACCUAGAGAGGGUGCACUUGCACCACAACCCAUGGAAUUGUAACUGUGAUAUCCUCUGGCUUAGCUGGUGGCUUAAGGAGAUGGUACCAGCAAACACCAGCUGCUGUGCCCGCUGCAGCUCACCAUCCCACCAUAAGGGACGAUACAUUGGCGAGCUGGAUCAGAACUAUUUCCACUGUUAUGCUCCUGUUAUUGUGGAGCCUCCUGCAGACCUAAAUGUGACAGAGGGAAGUGCUGCAGAGUUGAAAUGCAGAGCCAGCUCCCUGACCUCGGUAAGCUGGAUUACACCCAAUGGUUCCAUAAUGACACACGGUGCGUACAAGGUCAGAAUCUCUGUGCUGAAUGACGGCACUCUGAACUUCACCAAUGUCACUAUGCAGGACACAGGCACAUACACAUGUAUGGUCAGUAAUUCUGCAGGCAACACAACAGCAUCUGCCACGCUCAAUGUGUCUUCUACAGAGAACAGCAGCUUCAGCUACUUUACCACAGUGACAGUAGAGACCAUAGAAACACCACAUAAUGAAGGCUUCACCACUACUGUGCAACAGAAGGUGGGCCCCACCCCCUCUGCUGGUAUAUGGGAGUCUGUUUCACACACCUCUACAACUACCACAACAGUCCGGACACCACUCUCCACCCGCGCCACAGAGAAGACUUACACAAUCCCUGUCACGGAGCUGGGUGGGGAGGGUCCACUGAACGGCUUGGAUGAGGUCAUGAAGACAACCAAGAUCAUCAUUGGAUGCUUUGUUGCAAUCACACUCAUGGCAGCUGUCAUGCUGAUUAUAUUCUACAAGAUGCGCAAACAACACCACCAGCAGAACCACCACGCACCCACACGCAGCAUUGAGAUCAUCAAUGUUGAGGAGGACUGUGUAACAGGAGGCCCGGGCAUGGAGGGCCACCUGACUCUGCCUCCUCUUGAGCAUGAGCACCUCAACCACUAUAACACCUAUAAGACUGCAUACAACCAUGCCUCCACUAUCAACUCCAUACACAGCUCAGCGCACGAACCUUUGUUAAUCCGGGCCAGCUCAAAAGACAAUGUACAAGAGACCCAAAUCUAAUAAUUUUCUUUUUUUUUUUUUUUUUUUUUUUCAAAAUCAGACAUUAUAAAACUGAUGGAAUCACAUAAAGGUAUUACUGACAGGACAUUACUGACAAUUGCUUAUCAGGACUGUGGCUCAAACGUGGAGGUUUGGAAACAUGGUGUGUUUGGCAAAUCAGUGACUGGUUAUGUUUAUUCAAUGACUUUGGGAAUUAGGGUAUGUCUACUGUUUCAAAAAGUGUCUUUACAAAACAGAAGUUAUUUAUUUAAGAAAAAAAGUAUUGUGGUUAAAUCAAGAAAAAUUGUAUUCUUCAAUUAUUUUUUCAGCACUUAAUUCAUGUUUUUUUUUCUUCCUCUCAUUUCAUGUGAUUAGUUUACUAAUAUGCUUUCAAACUCUGUUUAGAGACAUCUGUGGAAGAAAAACUCCUGAAACAAAUUAUUGUUCAUUUUUGGUAAAUUGCAGACUUUAGAUUGGAUCAGAUAGUAACCUCGUUUUCCCCAUGUAUCAAAGGAAUCUAGAGUAGUGAUCUUCUCCAGCUGUGGAUUAAGUGAUGAAAUCUUUUGUGACCAUCUGUAACUGAGAGGAAUUAAACACUUGUUCAUUAUUUUACAGUGAGUGACAGAACUGUCAGUGACAAAAUUUGAUCAUGAUUCACUGCUUAAUUAUAUCUGUCACAUACAUAUUAGGCACUCUCUGCUCUGUCAUCAAUAGACUGAGGGUCCCAAAUGAGGGGAAUAUGUUCUGCAUUCUGCUGUUGUAAAAGUCGAGGCACACUAUUAGAAGUAAAUUUUAGUUACAUUAAAUUCUAUUGAUUAACUAUGAAAUAAAAUUACAUUUGUCUUUGUUUGCCUAAUGUAUAUGCAAAGUAUUAUGUUAUCCCUAAUCUCCACUUGUUUUGAAUCAAGACAUCUUCUGAUUAUUAUAGAGAACAUUCCAUUGAUUGCAUUAAGACCAAUUUAAAUUCUGAAGGUCAUGAUACAGGAGCAGCAUUAAUGGUUAAAAUUAAAAUUGUGAUUGAAAAAGGUCGAUGCAUCAUGGCCUCACCUUUACCUUACAGUACUUUGUACUGUUGCAUAUGAAGAUAACUGCUUUGAAGCCACCCUUUUCAUGCUGGGACCCCUUACCUCAUCUGCAGUACUGCAGGACUGAGCGCUAUCAGAAGCAGACUGAUGAGCUGGAGAAAGAGCAGAAACCCUUUAUACAGCUGUCUGAGCACAUUGCCUGUCAUCUGUGUGCCACAUUUCCACAUGGGCAGUACCUGGCAGCCCCAGAUUUCACACCCUGCCUUUGCCAACCACAGGACUUAACCCUGAGCGGCAGGGCUUAUGCUGAGAGAGGCUUUAUGGGUGAAUGUGUGGGAUCGGGCAUCAACCAGAUGUUUGGGUUGCACCUGUCUCUCUCCCUCUCCCUUAGUGACAACACAAUUUCCAUUUUAAUUGAUGUGCCCAUGGGCUUUGGAUGGACACAGCUCUGCAGGCGCCCAUACCCUGGAAACCAUUUCAAAGCCCCCAUGAAAAAUUUUGCCAGGCAUCAUGAAUACAGAGGUUAGGCAGACAUUUGUCAGAUUCCGCACCUCGGGAGAUGCCUGGGGUUUAUUUUUAGCAAAUAAGUGCAGCUCCCCUAAUUGUAGAAAAAGGCUUGAAAGGUGUCUGUGAAAAGUAUAUGAUUUGCCAUUUUACAAAGAUAAGAGGCUUUGAUCACCUUGGAUUCACUGGUUACAGUGGACUCCACUGUGAUGGUGGUUUUCACAGCAGAAAUAAAGUACCAACACAUCCACAGAUACUUCUCGAAUUACUCCUGCUGUAUAAUCAACAUCUCUGCUGUCUGUCAGUCUGUAUCUUCAAUUUGUUUCUGUCACAUUUUACCAUUUGGCUUAAGCACUGUUAAGCUUAUAAGCUGUAUUACUUGUAUGGAUCCUUGCUUACAGCACCUAACUCCCGCCCUUCCAUUGGUUAAAACCAUAUGAACUAUACUAGCUAGCCUUAUAAGUUUGACAAGAGUUAACUAUCCCACAUUUAAGAAUAAAGACAAAUUAACAUUAUGUCAUUUAUUAUAUCACCAGGUGGAUAUAACUAUAAACAGACACCUUAAAAGCCUACAUGAAGUGAGUCCCUUCUACUCCAAAAAACAGAUUUUUACCUAAAAGACAAAUAGGCUACUUAACAUUGCUUAUGUGCCUCAGCAUUUUUCAAGUAGGGGGAAUAAAUGGGAUACAGUAGCAGUUUGUCUCAAUAUCCCAUGACUAGGAUGUGAAAAUAGAAUUAAAUUUAACAACAAGAUAAUAAUCUAAAGCCCUAAUUGCACAAGAGUAGUAUUACCUGGGGUCCUCUUGUGGUAUGUAAUACAAUAAUUGCAUAGAUUAUACGUGUAAAUAAUCUAUGCCUGUAAUCUGUUAAGUAAAAAAACUGUGGCAAAUUACCUUCCAUAUUUCACCUAACACAGAAGUAAUUUGAUAUUAGUAGUCCCAUGUGAAACGGCUAAAAAAAAAUUCUACAUACAUUUUUUUUCCCACCUUUUGGUCAAGAAUUAUGGAGGCUGCCAUGGAAAUUAUUAAUGGGAGCUUUGAUACCAUUUUGGGUGCAAAUGUAGGAGGCUGUUGUAUCCACUCAGUGAGGAGACCCUCUGUAUGUUAAUUUGAAAAUCAAGAUCAUUCUGGAGAUUUCCUUUUCAGUGAAUUUGACUGAAAUACAAUACUUUAUUUAUUCACUUUGAAUGUGCUGCACACAACACAGAUGGUAGAUUUCUAAAUUUCAUAUAGGUCCCCAAGUAAUUUUCAUUUCAAAAUGAAUAAGAUAAUUGCCCCAUAUCAUUUUCUGUCCCACCCAGACACCAUUUAUCAAUAGUUACACUUCUGUGGAGUUUGGCACAUUUGUAAACCAUAGAAUGACCUGGGUGUGUGUCAUUUAGUCUGUGGUUGAGUUCCUAUUGGUGGGAUGUGGAUCACAAUUCUACUCAGUUUACGUAAGAGAGUGUAACCAUCUUCCCUUUUUGCCUUUAGUUGGAGGUAAAUCGUCUGAAAAGUUAAAUCGUAAAUUUGUUGCAUUUUAGUCGAGCUGUCUCAUGUAUGUAAGAUAUCUAAAUAUUUUUGGUCAAUAUUAGUUUUUUCACUUUUUUUUUCUUUUUUCUGAGAUUGAAUGCUGUUCUAGUGGUAGAUUUAUAUAAAAAAUACAUUUUGAGAAUAAAACAAAACAAAAAUUUUUAACUUUUGAUUUUACAUGUGCCAACAACCUGUUCUAAAAGUGAAAAAGAGAAACAUGAUGUAAACACAUAAGAGAUUGAUUUUCAUGUAAGCAUUCUUUCAUGACCUUUAAAAGAUAUGGAGAUCGAUUAUAGAGACCAGAGUUUGUAGUUCAUACACAAAAUAUGGUUCAAAUAAACUAUUGUUGUUUUUC